ACGCCAGGCAACGCCAGACAUGGCGCAGAAACCGCUCAGUACCGCGGCUGCCGAGCGCAUGAACCUUGUGGCCCAGGAUGAAAUCUGGAAGUACCGUCUGAAAGCUGAAUCUGAAGCUCGGCAAAACUGGGCCCAGAAAUGGGGAUUUUUAACCACCCCCUUCGAGGAGCUGAUCGAACAUGACGAGUCCCCCACCCCGAAGCCCAGAGGCCAGCUUCCCGAGCGUUUCCGCAUCCGGCCGGUGACUCCUGUGGAGAAGUACAUCAAGGUCCUUCCGUCCCCGCCGGUCCCACAGACAACUCAGGGCUUCAUCGGCUGGAGAUCUGGGGUGCCCGGCCUGAACACACACCUGCACCACGAUUUCGAGAUCAGGAGCUGCAAAGGGGCAUAUGCCCGAGAGCUAGGCUGGCCGAAGCAAGGCAUUCAUUGAUGAUGGAGCCCGGCCCCAGGGCAAGGCAUGGUGGGGCUCCAGGGCCCUGGGUCCAAGCCCAGAAAGGAAGACCCCCAGUUCCCUGAGGACAUGGGCCCCUGCAUAUCUGCUCAAGGGCUGUUGGUGAGAAUGGAAGCAUCCCUUAGAAAGUCUCUGUUCGACAGUGCACGCCUUCCAGAACGUUCACUCAACACACCCAUUCUUGGCUAAUGUAAUGAACAUUGCAAAGUAGA